GCGUUGGCGCGUUGUUGCCACUACACAGUAAACUUUAUUUCUUGUUUCGUCUCGCUUUAUCGCCGUCUCGCUCGCGCACAUAGCGGCGCAUCAGGUUUGUCAGCCUUGGGCCAACCGCCGCUCGCGAGUGACGUCCGUUCUGCUGCCGCGUCGCUAAAAUUUCGCGCUAAACUGUUUACAUACGGAAUUUGAAAAUGAGAUAACGUCUCUCAAAAGUGCAAAGUGUUGAGAAAGAGGGUAUAGUGACUCGAAUUUGGAGUGGAAAGUGUUGAAUUGAAGUGCUAACGGGUUAAUUAGUGUUGUGUGAAACAGUUGGAAGUUGAGUAAAAACAAAAAGUGUUUGGAGCAAGAUGGGAGCGUAGGAUUUUUUUGAGAAGUGUUGAUCAUUGUCUAGAAAGUUGCCGCAGCCAUGGGGACCAGCCGAUUGCUUUCACCGUUUACUUUGUUCCUGUUGUGUGCAGCGGUCACUUGGGCAGGCGCCGAAGAUGAAAGCCACGACGCGCGCGAAGGUGACGAUGUGACGCUUCGGUGUCGCUUCGCCUUUGAGCCUCUCGCCGGGGAGUCGCCCACGUACUACUGGGUGCGAAGCACGGCCAGCGGACACGACAAUGUCGCUAUCAAGGACACGCCGCUCGAAACUAACUACCAAAUCACGUUCGCGCCGGCCGAAGGGCGCUACGACCUGUCUGUGUCGAACGUGUCUUACGAGCGGGACAACGGGCGCUUCGAGUGCCGGGUGAAGGCGGGGGGGUCGGGGCGCACGCUCCACUCGCAGGCGCACGCGCUGGUCGUGCUCACGCACCCUCGCGCGCCCCUGCUCUCGCCUGGCGCGCACGCCAAUGCGCAAGAGGGACGGGAGAUCAAACUCGCGUGCUCCAGUUCGGGAGGCUCGCCGGAACCUGUUCUCAAAUGGUACCGCGACGGCUCAACCUACCCCCUGGAAGCCAACAUGACGCACGCACGCACGCGAGCUGAGCCCACCAUCGCGAUCACGCUCACACCGACGCGGGAGGACGACGACGCCGUGUUCCGGUGCGUGGUGUGGAACAGGGCUAUGCCCGAGGGCCAGCAGUUGGACGCUACUGUGCAACUUAGUGUUAACUAUUUUCCUCGAGUCGAAGUCGGUCCAGAAAAUCCGCUGCGAGUAGAGCUCGACGGCAGCGCCACCAUGGAGUGCAAAGUGGACGCCAAACCCAAAGUGAACUCCGUCACCUGGAUGCGGAACGGAAAAUUCAUAUCCAACUCCUUCACACACACCAUCCAGGGCGUCAGCGUGCAGGACGCCGGCAAAUACUCGUGCUCCGCCGACAACGGGCUCGGCCGCUCCGGCGAGCGCGAGAUCUUCCUCGACGUCCUCUACCCGCCCACCGUCACCGUCGAGUCCAAAACCUUCGAGGCCGAAGAGGGCGGAACCGUCAAAAUACACUGCGAAGUCUCCGCCAACCCCGAACCCAUCUCGAUAGAAUGGACCAUGGAGGGCAAACCUGACUUCAAACAGAACGGCAACGACUUACUACUGACGCACGUGAACGCCGACAUGGCCGGCACGUACGUGUGCCGCGCCAUCAACGUCAUCUCCGCGACCAACGGCAAGCGAGUCGAGCGCGCCAGCAGCGCCUCCGUGGCCGUCCUUGUGCGGCACAAGCCCGGCCCCGCGCGCAUCAGCCCCGACCGGCCCGUCGCGCAGGAGGGCGCCGGCGUCACGCUCACGUGCAAGGCGCGCCCGCCCGGUUGGCCCGCCCCGCAGUACCGCUGGUUCCGCGACAUCGACUCCGCCGACGUCAAGCCCCAAGUGCUCGCCACCGGCAACCAGUACACCAUCCCGAGCGCGCACCUCGGCAGCGAGGGCGUCUACCACUGCCAGGCCACCAACGAGCUCGGCCACGGCGACCUCGCCUCCGUCACUCUGGAAGUCCACCAGCCCCCCAGGUUCCAAACCAAGCUCCAGCCUCAUAUGACGAAACCCUCCGGCGAGCAAGACUUCUCCGUGACUUGCAGCGCGCUCGGCAAGCCCCGCCCGAACGUCAAGUGGUACAAAGACAACUCCGAGAUUAAACUCGACGGGAACAUGUACGAAGUCAAAACUGAUAUCACAGAGGGCAGAAACUCUGUUUACAAUGUGCAGAGCACGCUGAGAUUCUACGGGAAGUCGCGCCCGAGCACUAACGACCUACUGCCCGAGGACAGAGGGAUAUAUUCGUGUACGUUCGAAAACGAAGUCAAGAAAGUCGAGUCCACUAUGCAUCUCAGGAUAGAACAUGAACCAAUACCCAUCAAGCAACAGAAAAAAGUAGCAUACGACGUAAAAGAAGUCGCCGAAAUCUCCUGCCGAGUGCAAGCGUAUCCCAAACCAGAGUUCCAAUGGUACUACGGCUCGAAUACGGCGCCAUUGCAGAUGUCUUCCGACGGCCAUUACGAGAUAAAUACUAGCACGGACAAUAAUGACUCGUACUUCAGCGUGCUGAAGAUAAGAAAUGUGAAACCGCAAGAUUACGGAGACUAUUACUGCAAUGUUAAAAACUCUCUUGGAAGCGUGCGACCUCAAAUAAAAUUGCAGCCGAAAGGCGCGCCCGAAACGCCUAGGACUCUCACUAGUAAAAAGAUCGGUCCUAGCUACGUGACUCUUCAAUGGGAAGCGGGUUUCGACGGGGGGCUGUCGAGCACGAAGUACUUCGUGAGGUACCGGCGCGUGGGCGCCAUGGGAGCCCCGGGGGCUUCGGAUUGCGUGGCCGAGCGCAGCGCGGCGCAGGACUGGAUGGAGUACGACUGCGGCCGGUCCAAUCCCUGCAAUGUCACGCGGUUGGAUCAGCACAACACAUAUUCUUUCAAGGUGAAAGCCGUGAACACGAAGGGACAGAGCAACUACUCGAACGAGCUGACCGUCACGACCAAGGUCGACAAGAUACCUGCGCCAGAGCAGGUUACGUACGAGCCGAGUACGAGGACCGUGGCAUUCAGCGUUGGGCCCACUUGCUUACCGCUGCUAGGAGUCGCGGAGGCGAUGCAGCCUAACCAUCAUUGGCAGGUUCUGGACACUGUACCCCUCCGCCUCUCCGGGGCCUCGUCGACGGCGCAAGAGGCCGUGUUGGAGUCCCCCGCCCCCCGCGGCCCUCGGCCCGAGGACCCGAACCCCCGCCUGCGGCUCAAGCUCUGUCUCCAGAUCAACCAGGAAGUCUGCAGCGAAUAUACUGAGGCUGACAUCGGCCCGCCCUACAUAAAGGAAGCGUCAGCGUUCAGCACGGCCACGCUGGUCGCCAUCCUCAUCUCCUGCCUAGUCUUCCUGCUCUUCCUAAGCCUCCUCUUCGUGUUCUGUCGCUGCAAACGCAACGAGAACAAGAAAGACAACGCUAAAGACUACGAAAUGGAUUCGAUGCGUCCAGCGAUGGUUACGCCUCAGAAUCAAGCGCCGCCGCCUUACUACCCUAGCUCCGGGAUGGAGAAUAAAGCGCUAGAACAUUCUAUGGAGCUGGCGUUAGCUAUGGAGGACUCUAAGAGCGCUGUGUACGCGUCGCAAAGUGGCUACGGGUACCAUUUGGCGCCGCAUCAGACGAUGCCGCACGGGCAGCUGCCUCCGCAGUCGCACCCGCAAAAUAUGACUAAUACUGACUGGGUAAACAUGGGCUACAUAGAGAACAGCUAUACCAACAGCAACAACGGCGGCAGCGUGAACUCCCAGGACUCCCUAUGGCAGAUGAAGAUGGCCGCGGCCAACGGCGCCAUGACACACCCGCCGCACCAGGUUCUCGACCGCCAGAGUCACUACGGUUACGACGCGCACGGCUACGGAGCCAUGGACGACUACGCGCCGUACCCGCUGCCCGCUGCGGGCGGCGAUUGCAUGCGGUCGCAGAACCCGAGCCGACAGGAAUACUGCUCCGACCCGUACGCGCAAGUGCACAAGCCGAAGAAACCGCAGCAUAUAGAGUCCCCGUACCACGAGGUGAGCGGUCUCCCCGAGUCGUACGGCGGGGAAGCGGGGGGCGAGGACAAGCCCCCCCACCUCUCGCUCAGCUACGACGAGUCGCUCGAGUCCGGCUACUCCACUCCCAACUCGCGCGCGCGCCGCGUCAUCCGGGAGAUCAUCGUGUAGCAACACUCUACGGCCCUGUGAGCCUAGCGUUCGAUGCUGUUAAACUAAUUUCUAUAGGUUGAGGGCUUGAUUCUUACAAAUCUAGAGCGUCUUGCAGUCGGCAUUCGUUUCAGUAAAAAAGAUGCCCCAAAAUCAUCGUUCUAUUUCGUAAGACAUUUUCUCAUGGCCGACUAGCGCGGUAGUGGAAUUUAUGGGACAAUUUUUCAGCUUCAAAAUUGAAUAUGCCUGUGGAUUUGGAGUCUAAAAUGAAGAUCAGAAUUUCUGAGAAGCAGGUCCUUAACUUUUUAGAAUAAUCAUUAGAUUGGUUUGUACGUUUCGAUUAAAAUGACUGUCCGAUUGGGCAAUCUAUCGGUUUUGUAUCGGCCAUUCGAACAGUCUCGUUAGUUGCGAUACAAACGAUAUAAUCACGUGUGUCUUUGUGAACGCUGGGCUUCACACGUCGAGGCGAUUCGUUAGAUUAGCUUAACUAGAGCUAAACUUCGCCCGCGACUAAGUUGCGAGACGAAUAUUUGUUUGACUCAGCGGACUUAUACUGCAAGUUGUGGGUUGAUGUGAAUGUAACUGCCGUCCAAACCCCAGCCCCAGACGUGUCACGGAAACUUUUGUAGUAUCACAUGUUUUAUUCACGAGCUUUAUAAUGUAGUGUCAAUAUGCCCAAUUGUGAUUGAUGUCAAUUGUGAUAAGAUGCCACAUAUGGCGAUCGCUUGUUGUGAAUGCAAUACAAAUUUAUUAUCAAAAUCUACUAUUCUGAGCGAAUACGUAUACUUUUACAGUUACAGGCCUUCCGGAGCCAAUUUCUGUUCGUGAUCGACGCGAGUUUAUCCCACAAAGCAAAGCCGUAGCUCGCAACGCAUUCCUCUUUCUGUAUUAUAAUCAAACGAGACUGAUAAGCCAUAUGAAAUAGGUAUUUUAAUGCUGAGCGCGGAAUGGUUGCGGUCGACAGUUAUUUUACG